AUGAUUCCGACGUUCGAUCCAGCAAAGGAUGAGCUUACGAUAGAAAAAUGGAUCGAGCAUGUGGACGACUUGGCGGAACAAUACGAUUGGGAUGAUCGAUCAGUUAUGAGGCUUAUACCGAGCCGAUUGAAGGGGCAUGCCAGGCAAUGGUAUGACGCCCGGCCGCGACUGGCCGUCACGUGGCGAAACACGAAAAAAGAGUUAACGCAACAAUUUCGUAAGUCUAUUCCGUUUCAAAAGUUGUUCAAGGAAGCCGCGAAUUACGAGUCUCUUCCCGGUCAAACGCUGGGAGAUUACUGCUUCCAAAAAUUGCGCAAAUUACGUAGUUUAGAUAUUAAAAUACCGGACAAAUAUAUGAUCGACGCGGUAAUUGGGGGAAUAACGGAUGCAAAUGUUUCGAGAGCGGUACGUUCCGCGCAGAUUAACGACGCGAACGAAUUAUACGCGUAUAUGACAUCCCUCAGUGAGUUACCGCCGAAAAGCGAUAAAGUUACGCCGACAGGGAAAAAGGGAAGCGAUCGGAAGGAUCGAGAUUCGAGACAGCGACGAUCGAAUAAGUGGCGGGACGUUGAUAAGGACGAUCCGAAAUCAACAGAUAAGGCCGUUGAGAAUGUGCAUGCUAAGCCGCGGGAAUGUUUUAAUUGUGGAAAAGAAGGUCACUUCGCGAGAGAAUGUAGCGAACCGCGAGUGAAAUGCGAGAAGUGUAAACGAUGGGGGCAUCUUGUCGACAAGUGCCCGCAGGAAAACGUGUAA